ACUUUUUCCUUCCAGAAUGGUUACCUGAAACUUUUUUUUUCCUUUUUUCUUCCCAUUAGGAUGGCAAGCUUCAAUGAAAAGUAUGAGUCUGCCUUACAUUCUACCGUGCAGUCGUCUGCCUGUGCAGUUGAUGAGUCAAGUGAGAGUUUAUACCUCCAAUGGUCAGAAAAAAGAUCUUGGGUCAGAAGAUAAAAGUGGAUCAACCCCUGAAGAAUCCCUGCAUAAAGCUGGAACAGGACAAGAUACAACCAAUGUAGGUCAAAAGCAGUCUUUCCUUAAAGAACCAAUCCAAGUAAAAGUGAAAGCAGUCCUUAAAAAACGAGAGUAUGGACCAAAAUACACACAGAAUAACUUCAUCACUGGAGUCAGAGCAAUGAAUGAGUUUUGUCUUAAAUCCAGUGAUUUAGACCAGCUGAGGAAGAUUAAACGACGAAGCCCCCAUGAUGACACCGAGACUUUCACUGUGUACCUGAGAUCGGACGUAGAGGCGAAGUCUCUUGAAGUUUGGGGUAGUCCAGAAGCUCUUGCUAGAGAGAGAAAACGACGUAAAGAAGCAGAGAUCAAAUACAGAGAAAAUCUGUUUAGAAACCAAAGACUUUUGAAGGAAUACAGGGAGUUCUUUGGAAAUACAAAGCCACGCUCCAGUGCAGCAGCUAUGUUUUUCAAGGGACCAGGGAAGGUGGUAAUGGUAGCUAUUUGCAUAAAUGGGUUGAAUUUUUUCUUCAAGCUACUUGCUUGGGUUUACACAGGGUCUGCAAGUAUGUUUUCAGAAGCCAUUCAUUCUUUAGCAGACACAUGUAACCAGGCAUUACUAGCUUUGGGCAUCAGUCAAUCUGCAAGGACACCAGACCCUAGUCAUCCGUAUGGUUUCACGAACAUGCGCUACAUUGCCUCCCUGAUUAGUGGGGUGGGCAUCUUCAUGAUGGGUGCAGGACUUUCUUGGUAUCAUGGGGUCAUAGGUUUACUACACCCUCAUCCUAUAGAAUCUCUUCUCUGGGCAUACUGCAUUUUAGCAGGGUCCUUGGUUUCUGAAGGAGCUACCCUUCUCGUUGCUAUAAAUGAAAUUCGCAGGAGUGCUCGAGCCAAGGGGCUGUCAUUUUAUCAAUAUGUUGUGCAGAGUCGUGAUCCUAGUACAAAUGUGGUGUUGCUGGAGGAUGCUGCAGCAGUUCUAAGUGUGGCUGUAGCCGCUACUUGUAUGGGUCUGACUUCUUUAACAGGAAACCCUUAUUAUGACAGUGUGGGGUCUCUAGGUGUUGGAACUUUGUUAGGAACCGUGUCAGCAUUUCUCAUCUACACUAACACUGAAGCCCUGCUGGGACGAUCCAUUCAACCUGAACAACUGCAGCGACUCACUGAGUUACUGGAAAGUGAUCCUGUAGUAAGAGCAAUUCAUGAUGUUAAAGCCACAGACAUGGGAAUGAGCAAAGUGAGAUUCAAGGCAGAAGUAGACUUUGAUGGUCGGGUUGUUACUCGUUCUUACCUGGAAAAACAAGACAUUGAACAGCUCCUACAAGAAAUUCAGCAAGUGAAAACCCUUGAAGAAUUAGAAGCUUUCAUGCUUAAGCAUGGUGAGAAUAUCAUUGACACACUGGGAGCUGAAGUAGACAGACUUGAGAAGGACCUAAAGCAACGAAACCCUGAUGUGCGUCAUGUGGAUUUGGAGAUACUAUAGACUUGGCAGGAGAAACCUUCAGGUUGCUACCGUUUUGGAAACAAGUCAUGUAAAGGGCUGAAAAGCUUCUGAAAUUGCAGUGACCUCAGCACCAUACCUCAGUUACUUUUGCUGUAGGCUUCAUGGACUGUUGGCAUGGCGUCUGUUUCUGGGAGAGCACUAGACUGACAGACAAAAAGUUUCCAUGGCAAAAUCAAUUUUAAAAAGCUACUUGACUUAAAUUCCACAGGAGAACCUGUCAGAGUAUAUUUACUGCAAUUCAGAACUUAAGACUGGAGGUUUAGUUAGGCAAAUACAGCUACCUGAAAAUAUACAACACACUUAGUUUUUCCGUUUGUGUUCCUUUGCAGUCAGUUUGCACUUGUUUAGUUUCUUUCAAGAUAUCAUUAAAGGUUCUUGGGAGAUAUUAAGAUUAGCUAGGAAGAGUUUGUUCCAGUGGAACCUGCCAACCUUGAACUAAUUGUAAUAUUUGAACUGUGUGAUUGUUUCACAGUUUUUCUUUUCUAUG